GUUUCUCUUCUGUGUUUGUUCCUGGUGUUCUACUUCACCCCCAGCCUCAUCAAGUGUCUAUUGCUCAAUUUGUAUAUCAAGAACUUACUGUCAAUGACAUCUUAAAGAGUUUAAGUAGAUUAAAGCUUUUACCUACAGUAGUUGCCCGGAUGGUCUUCCAAGCAUUGUAUUUAGGAAGUGUGCCUCUGCCUUGUGUUAUCCUUUAUAUCUCAUAUUUAAGAAAAAAAUACUACAUCUAUGAAGGUUCCCUCUGUUUGGAAGUCAACCAAAGUUAUGCCUUUAUUCAAGGGUGGAAUUUCUUCAAAUCCGUCUAACUACCUUCCCAUCAGUUUGAUCUUAAUCUCCUCCAAGACUCUUGAGAGAAUAAUUGCAUCUCAAGUCUAUGAAUUUCUUUGUAAUCAUGAUUUGCUUUUACCCUUCCAGUUUGGCUUCCGUAAAGGUUUGUUUGUCUCAGAUCAAUUACUUUUAGCUUAUGAGUAUGUAAGUAGAUAUGUAGACUGUGGUUGGGCUGUGGAUGUACUUUAUUUUAACUACAGAAAAGCAUUUGAUGUAGUGAAUCACAGAGUCCUGCUGACUAAAUUAUCCUCUAUUGGUAUAUCAGACCCCUUGCUUGGCUGGUUGAGUGACUUUCUGCGUAAUCGUACAAUGAAAGUAGUGGUGCAUAAUUCCUCCAGUCACAGAGCCAACGUCUCUAGUGGUGUGCCUCAGGGUUCUGUUAUCGGUCCUUCACUUUUUUUUAUUUAUUUUUUUUAUUUACAUCAAUCAUGUGACGGAACUUAUGAGUAAAUUUCUGUUGUUUGCAGGUGAUCUGAAAUCAUAUCUUGCAUUAUCUUCCGAUAAUUCUAGUGGUUUUGGUGCAAGUCUUCUCUUACAAAAUGACGUUAGUGUAUUGCAUCAAAGGAGUCAAUCUUGGGGCCUCUCUUUUUCUGUCAAUAAGUGUGUCCAGACCCACUUCUCUAGACACAGGGCUGAUCCUGUCUGUCACUAUAUCAUAAGUGACAGCCCUACUCCUAACAAAGACUCUUUUAGGGACUUUGGCAUCUUAGUCGACUCUCCCUUAAAAUUCCACCUUCAUAUCAGUGAAGUAUGUCGUAAGGCUAAUGGAGUUGCUAGUUCUAUUCAAAGAAGCACCAUUUGUAGGUCUCCUUAGUUUGUGCUUCAGCAGGUUUUUAUUGCUCAUAUUCGUCCUAUUAUUGACUGGUCGUGUGGUGUGGAAUACAGGCAAUGUGGGGGAUUUGCGUAUGUUGGAGAUGGACUAAGAAAAUAAAUGGUUAUAUUUCUAUGCAGUUAGGCUGCCCUUACUAAAUUUGUUCUCCAUCAAAGGCAGGUUACUUCGUGCUGAUAUGAUUAGUUUGGAAGAUCAUGAGUGGAUUGUGUCCUUGUCUAAGUAACAUGCUUGAGAGAGUGACUCAUGGUCGUAGAAGUCAUAGUAAAAAAAAAUAUAUACCUCGUCAUUCUACCGAUCUCGCUUCUUCUCAAUAAAAGCUACAAAUCUCUGGAAUUCUCUUCCUGAGGUAGUGGUAUCAGCACGAUCUGUCCAGGCCUUUAAACGUCUCUUAGAAUAUUGUCUUGGUCCUCGUCUCUAUGAAUAAUUCUGUUAGACCUUUUGCAUUGUUGUUCAGUGCUGCAUCUAUCAUUAGCCAACAAUUUCGUUGUUUAUCUUGAACUUCCUAAGAUAUUCUGGUUAGAAGCUGCAACAGAGACUGGUGAAGGAUGCAAGACCCUCAUCAAGAAACCAAGGUAAGAAUUCGAAUUCACCGCUGGGCGCUAAACCAGCUGGGUCGGGCGGUAUUUAUAAAGUCAUAAGAAGUACCCAUAAUUCUACUCAUAGCUAUGAAAAAAGCUAUAACCUUCUGUCAAAGGACUAUGGGUUUUUCAUAACCUCUGUCAUAGCUAUGAGUGACUUCGCUGGCUGCUAGAAAUAAUAAAUAAUAUGAAAUUAUACAUUAAUUAUUAGAGAAAGGGAUUAGAAAGAUAAAGAUAUAUAUUAUAUAUUUUUUCCAUGGCCGUUAUGUAAUAAUUACGCUGUAUCGCUUUUCAGUAAAGAAAAUUAGUCCCUAAAACAAGAUCUGCCGUCAGAAGGCAGCCACACUUAGGUACAAAUUUAGGCUUGAGAGAAUGGAUGAUGCAAGGAUAGCAAGGAAGGUGUACCUGUGGAAUGAAAGUGGAAGCAAAUGGAGGAAGAGAUGCAUGAGAAUGACAGACAGGAAUGGAUUGCAAGUUGUGUGGGCGAUAAGAAUGGCUGGUAGGAAUCAAAAUGAGCGUGAAUGGGUGGUAACAAGAGGAGGCAGAGUGGGAGCCGAAUGGGAUGUGAGAAAAUGGAAGAAUGAGAUAGACAAAGAAGUGAAAUGUGUGGGACUGAAUGAAUGGAAGAAUGAGAUGGAAAGAAAGAAGACCCUGGAAUGGUACAAGGAGAAAGAAGCCCCGAGGUAUGAAAGGUGGUAUGAUGGAAGCCUGGGCGGUGAUCUUCUCUUCCGAGCGAGGGCACAGUGUAUGGAUGUGAAUGCAAGGAGUUACAGGUGGUCUGAGUCCCGCAGCAAAGUGUGCCAGAUGUGUGACAUGGGAGAGGAUGAGACGGUGGAACAUGUGGUGCUGGAGUGUGUGAAGUAUGCCAGAGACAGGAAUGAGAUGAUGCAAGUGAUACUGACUGAGUUAGGGCAUGAUAGGAAUGAAAGAGUGGAGAAGACGGGAAAAGAGUGGAUGGUGUUGUUGCUGGGACUGUGUAGAGAGGCGAAUGAAAGGAUGAUUGAGGCGGUGAAAGAGUUUCUGGAGAGAAUGUGGCGUGCCAGGUGUAUGAACAAUUAGGAUAGAGGAUGCUGUUCGUUUCUCUUUUUUUUUUCCCCUUUCUACAGGAGUUGCCGAUCCAAAGGCCUGGCUCAGGAGUGAUCCUGUGCCACCUGUACCAUCAAGAUCAAGAUCUCGUUUGUGUUUGCUGCGGUGACACGGUGCAGCACUUUUCCCUGUACCGAGCACCGCCAAGCAGCACCAGAGAGGCACGAAUACGUAAGAGAGCAUCACCAUGGUUGUAGCUAAGGUAUGGCAGCUGGUGCGGCGGCCAGAGGGGGAACCAAGUGUGGAGGAUUUCCUCUGUGUGGAAGAAGAGCUGCCUGCUUGCAGUGAAGGAGAUGUCUUGGUGGAGGCUGUGGCCCUGAGCAUUGAUCCAUACAUGAGGUACAAGGCACGGCAGAUCCCUCUCAAUACACCCAUGUUUGGCUCUCAAGUUGCCAAAGUCAUUGAAAGCAAGAACCCUGAGUGGCCAGUGGGAACCCACUUGGUGCACUACGAGGGCUGGCGAACUCACACAGUGUUAAGAAGCCAGCAGCUGAAGAAUGAGGAACAUUUUGGUGUGAUGCAUCUGCCAGAUAUGGGUGAUCUCCCUAAAAGUCUGGGCAUUGGCAUCUUGGGCAUGCCAGGCAACACUGCAUACUUUGGAUUCCUGGACAUCUGCAAGCCCAAGGCAGGAGAUGUGGUGCUGGUGAAUGGGGCAGCUGGAGCUGUGGGUAGUGCCGUGGUGCAGAUUGCCAAGUUGAAAGGCUGCACAGUAAUUGCUUUUGCUGGCUCAGAUGAGAAAGUGGCUUGGGUCAAAGAGCUUGGUGCUGAUCAUGCCUUCAAUUACAAAACCACGGACGUUGGAGAGGCAUUGAGCAAGGUUGCACCAAAGGGUGUCAACCUUUAUUUUGAUAAUGUAGGUGGCAAGUUCACUGCCCAGGCCCUGCCACACAUGGCAGACUACGGUGUGGUGUCCCUGUGUGGCGCCAUCUCCACCUACAAUGAGGAUGUGGACAUUGGUGUGCCAAGUCUCACAAGUCCUUUCAAUGAGGGUACAGUGAUCUGGAGGCAACUGCAUAUUGAGGGAUUUCUUGUUUUCCGUUGGACAGCACGCUGGAUGGAAGGUUUGAACCAGCUCAAGGAGUGGAUAGAGCAGGGAAAACUGAAGUACAAGGAGACUGUAUUUCAAGGAUUUGAAAAGAUGCCGAGUGCCUUCAUUGGUCUGUUCCAUGGUGAGAACACUGGCAAGGCAGUUGUGGUACCUUAGUGAGAAUAUGCUGUCCAGAACUCCCAACACUGUCUGCCUCAUUGUCAUCUUGAUUUGCUCAACAGAUUCUUGCUUGAAGUGAACAGCACAUUGUAAAAUAGUAUAGUACACUGAUUACAGUGAAAGUUAAUGGCUGUCUUCAUAAUUUAUAAUGAGUUUGAAACUGUAAAUGUGAUGCUGUCCCAUGCAGAAUAUAUCUAAUUAUCAUGUUGCACUGUGCAGCCUGGUUGAAAGAACAUAGUUGCUAUAUUCUUUUUACAUUGUAUAUGACUAAAGGACCUGCCUCAUACUGCAUUGCCUGCUGCUGUGCUCUUCACCAGCUGUGUGAGGAGCAGCUUAGAGAGUACAACUGUAUACCUGCCCACAUCUAAUUUUGAGCUAAAUGUGUGCUUGUUAACAUCAUACAGUAUGUUAAUGUAUCACUGGUGUCUGUGUAAUCAUGAUGGUAUCAACAUGCUUCUGCUACAUUAAAUUAAUGAAAUGCAGAAAUUUAUUUAGGAGUAGGAGAGUGAUGUCAUGUGGCAAGACACAGAAACUGAGCCAAAACAGGACUUGCUGUGAGUACCAUGUGGUUCAGUCAGCUGAGGCUUCUCUUGGGCCUAAAAGAACCAGGGUCAGACCUUGGUCACAUUCGCCUUCCAUUAUUUAUAGUAGAUUAAUUUCUCAUUGUUUCAUAAUGGAGGACAUGGUUCUUCAUCCAGAGUCCUUCCAAUAUCAGUAUAAGAAAUGGCUGUGAGUUGAGGUGCUGAUCUGUUGUGCAAACAAUGAGUGACAAAUAAAAAGUAAAUAUUUAAGUACUCUUAUUUUAUAUCUAUCAUAUAAUACUCCAGCCCAAGAAUAAAUCUGAUUAUUAAGGAAGUAAAUCUAGAUUUAUGAUGAUGUAGGUUUUGCUAAAGGGAAAUGGCUUCAUGUUAUUUGCUUUUUAAUAAAUCAUUGAUUAAAGAAA